AGUUUAUUAAUAUUAGAAGUGGAAAAUAUUAUCAUGUUGAAUACUAAAGUAACGCUGUAAAUGAAAAAUAUUGAACCUCAAACAAAAUUCGCCAAUCAACGUCAACACCCUACUCCUAUUGGUUACAACAAACGUCAGUAGUAGUAUUCUGGUUUUCAUUGGGUGGCAAACCGAUCAUUGUCGAAUGUCACAAGAGCAAAUGUACUGAGAACCAGGAUGCAGAAAUAAGAAAGGUUCUACCUUGAUCGGUUAUUUAUGAAGCAGCCAAACUAUAUCCGUUGAGCCCUCACUCAUCUGCCAAGAUGACUACAGUAGGGUUAGUUCUAGCAAGAGGUGGCAGUAAGGGAAUCGUUAACAAAAACUUGGCACUUCUAGAGGGAAAGCCUUUGCUACUUCGUACUCUAGAAGUUAUGCAUCAAGCCAAAUGCUUUGACUCCAUAUGGGUAAGUACAGAUGAUGACAAAAUAGCUGAAUAUGCAGAAAAAGGACAUGCAAAUGUCCACAGAAGAGCAUCUUACACUGCAACAGAUGAAGCAACAUCAUUAAUUGCUGUACAAGAGUUCUUGAAAUAUCAUCCAGAUGUCACCAAUGUUUGCCUUGUUCAGUGUACUUCACCUUUAAUCAAGGCAAAGUACCUCCAUGAAGGUGUCAAGAAGAUUUUAGGUGAAUAUGAUUCAAGUUUCUCUGUCACACGUCGACAUAACUUACGAUGGACUGAAGGAAAUAACACCAAACCACAGAACUUUGAUCCAAGCCAUCGUCCACGAAGACAGGACUGGGCUGGUGAUCUUUGUGAGAAUGGCAUGUUUUACUUCACGAGAGUUAGCCUUAUUAAUCAGGGAUUAUUACAAGGAGGAAGGUGUGGCUAUGUUGAAAUACCAACUGAGGAUAGUCUGGAGAUUGACACACCUUUGGAUAUUAUCAUUGCUCAAGAAUGGAUAGAUUACCAUAAAAAACAAUGUUAUAAUAAAGUGAAGUAAUAUUGAACAAGAUUUAUUGUAUAAAAAAAUUCUUGGUCACUGGCAAGGUUACAUCUGUAUUUGUUUCAGACAGAAACUGCAAUAUCACAAUACUUGUUUGAUGAUAUCAUUGAUAUUUGUUUUAUGGUGUAAUAAUGAACUUGUACCUAGUGACCAAUGAAAAAAAAAAAUGAAUAUUUUCAGAAGUAAUCUAACAAUGUGAUAUUCAGUUCUGAGAGAAUCCAACCAAUUUACCAAAGAUCUUGUUGCUGUACAAAACUCCAAACUAUUAAGUUAGACACAUAAACCACUCACUGGAGAGAACUAGAGAGAGAAUCAUUAGUUACAGUGUUGCUGAUACUUUGGGGAAAACAGAAACUACCAGAUAGAUACUCAUACAUUCAAUACUUCUCUUCAAGCAGUUUCUUUUUUUUAUACAGUAAUUAAGAACCUUUAAUGUAAGCCUCAAAGAACUCCUGUUGCCCUGUGAUGUUAAUACCAAAGCGCCAAAGUUAUACCAUACUUUAUCAAAUAAAAUGAAUUAUAUAUUAAAGUAUAUAAACAUGGGAAAGUUCAUGUUAGGUCAAACAAUAGUUAUUGUAUGAAUUAUUCAAUUCCUAACACUUUCAAACUAUCAUAACUAUACUACUAUAAAGAGAUACAGGUACAUAUUUUGAUACUGAAUGAACUGUAUGCUAUUUCUAAUAAAAAUAUAAUUUUCCAACAUAUAUCAGAUAAAUAGAAAUUUGUUGUGGUAUUUACAGUGUACCCAUUAAAAUAUAAAAUUUUAUGUGUGCCCGUUAAGAUAUAAAAUAACUUUUUGCCAGAUUACACAUUAAUGUAAUAUUUAUUCCUUCUGACUAACUGUAAUGCUGUUUUAAUAUUUUUCAUUUUUCUUGUUACUGUACUAAAUUAUAUAUAGUAUUUACAUAUGAAGUCAUUUAGUUCAGUUUUGAUUUUAUCACUAACUUUUAUGAUUCAGUAACUUCAAGUUACCUUGUGAGCUAAAAUAAAUGAUUUAUCCUUAAAAUGGAUUUAAUGCAAGUGUUCAAUUCUUCUGUGUUUUUUAUAUAAUGAGACUAGUAUAGUGUUUUACACUUCAUCAAAUGGAUUUUACCUAGCUGAAUCUCCUGUAUGACAAGCCAUUGUCU